AUGGGAGAGAAUCCUCCUCAACCAUUGUUAAGAGACUAUGACCACCCCAACGCAUUCCAACUUCGGAGUGACAUACGUCUUCCCACCACAAAUGCAAACAACUUUGAACUUUCACCUCAACUCAUCCGUAUGAUUCAAAGCGAUCAAUUCGGAGGUAGUCCUCAUGAGUGUCCUUUUGCUCAUUUGGACAACUUUCUUGAGUUGUGUACAACCAUCAAGCAAAACAACAUUUCGGAGGAGUUCAUCAGUAUGCACAUGUUUCAAUUCUCCCUCCGUGAUAAAGCAAAACAUUGGUUGAGAACGGUUGAAGAGGGAUCAUUAAGUACAUGGGACGAAGUCACUAGAGCCUUUCUUGGAAAGUAUUGUCCUCCGGAAAAGACCGUCGAAUUAAGAAGAAAGAUCACCAAUUUCAAUCAAGACAUUGAUGAAACAUUGAGUGAAGCUUGGGAGCGUUUCAAAGAUUACACAAGGAAAUGCCCCCACCAUGGUUUUACAUCAUGGAUCAUUGUACAAAGCUUCUAUGACGGACUUACUCCUAUUUCAAGGGCCAACCUUGAUUCCGGGGCCAGUGGUAGCCUCAAAAAGCUAUCAGUGGACGAUGCAUACAAGAUGAUUGAAGAAGUGGCCAAGCAUUAUGCAUAUGGAGGUGAUAGAAGGCAACCUCAAACAAAGAAGGGCGGAAUUCAUGAUCUUAGUGCAAUAGAUCUUAUUGCAUCAAAGUUUGAUAUGCUAGCUCACAAGCUAGAUCAAGCCACCCUCACACCCUCAAGCUCUUCCUCGCAAGUCAUGUCUUGUGAGACUUGUGGAGGAAAUGAUCACUUGUCCUCUUAUUGCAACUCAACGAAUCAAGAGCAAGCGGCGGCAAUUGGGCAAAGGAAUGAACAAUACUCCCAAUCCCACAAUCAAAGUUGGAAGCCCCAACAUAACACGGGAUGGAAGCAAUGCAACCAAGGCCCCCCACAAAAUAACUACAACCAAAAUCAAACCCAACCUCAAAACCACUACAACCAACCUCAAUCACAAAACCAAUAA